UAUGUACUCCCACUUGCAUAGUCUGAUUGCCUUUGCGACGUCUGCUUUGUCGUUCUCUUGCAGAGUUCUGCUCAGGUCAGCAGCACCAUGGUCGCUCUGCAGGCGGAGAAGGAGCGUCUGAUGCGCUCGGUGAGCGAGAAGGAAGCCGAGCUUUCGUCCGUACGCCAGAGCGCGCAGUUGCAGCAGUCCACGGUGCAGCAGGAGAAAGACAAGAGCAGCAAGGAGCUCAGUGAACUGCAGGCCAGACUACAGGAGAAGGCCAGACAGGAGGAACUGCUGAAACAAAAGCUCCUGGACGAGCAGUUUGCCUUGCUGCAGGGCACCGUCACAGAAGCUGAGAACAUCAUCCAAGAUGCAGUCGCCAAGCUGGACGAUCCCCUCCAUAUCCGUUGCACCAGCUCCCCAGAUUACCUAAUCAGUCGAGCAGAGGUGGCACUGAGCUCCAUUGAUAAAAUGAAAAAAGGCCAAGCGGACUACGUCAAAGACAUGAAAGACGCCGGAGCGCUGCUGAAGUCGCUGACUCACUUCUCCCACGCGGCCGCUGACACCAUCGUCAAUGGCAGCGCCACCGCGCACAUGGCGCCCACCGACCACGCGGAUCGUAAGCAAGACGCAAUUAUUGGAUGUGCUGUAAACCUCCCUCAUGGGGGCGACCUUUAACUUCGCAUUUUGGGU